ACUCCCCUCGCCAGGCCACGCCCCCAACGCCGUUGCCAGGAGACGGCGCGCGCGGCCCAUGGCGGCCCGCUACAGCGCGGGGCAGUACGAGGACGCCUUCAGCCCCCACCGCCUGCAGAACUGGAGCGUGCCCCCCCCCGGCCGGCAGCGGCCCUCGCUGCGGCAGGGCUCCACGCCGAUCGUCGCCGAUGACCGGGGGCACCUGCUCCCCAACGUGCCCCGCUCCCAGGCUUCCCCGUGGGGGACGUUUGUGGGGACCUGGGAGAUGCCGUCGCGGAUUCCCCCGGCCCGGCUGGACCUGACGUCCCGCUCGGCCGCCGCUGCCGGCCGGCUCACCGCCUGGAUCCGCCGGCCCACCGCCCUGACCCGCGCCCGCAACGGCCUCCGCACCGACAUCACCGGGAAGCCCCAGGAGCCUUGGUCGGACGUGCAGACCACCACGGAGCCUUCCCGAAGGAGCAGGAGGGCAUCCAGCGAGGGCAUCCAUCCCGCCGGGCGAGCGUCGGAGGAGCCAGCUGGCCCUGGGGGUCCCACAGCCCUGGGGUCCCAUCAGCCCGGCCGCACGGGGGUCCGGCGGGAGGGGGACGCGUCCCCGCAGCCCCCGGCAGCGCUCCAGCCUUCCUCCCAGCAGGACAAACCUGGGGGACAAACCCCCGGCUCCUGCCAGCCUGCGGUGACAGACCCCUGCCGUGGGGAUACCAGGUCGCCCCAAAUCCCAGCCUCGGUGCCCCCGGGGGCCAGCUCUCGUCAAACCGCUCCCGUUGCCAGCCCAGGGGGCAAAUCCCCAGGGCUCAGGGCAUCGCGGGCGUGAGAGUCGGGUGGCCACCCCGCGCUGGGCUCUGAGCUGGCUUCGCUCGGCUCCUGUCCCCUCCGCAAUCCCGCCAAACCUCCGGACACGCAGAAACCGCCUUCCCACCCCCGGGGUGAGGAAAGCCCAAGCGAGGCCAACAGUGGGACAGCCCCACAGGGCCCCCCGCUCGUGUUUUCAUGGCAAUUUCGAAAAAUACAGGUUUAAAAAUAAAUAAAUAAAGCCC